GGGGUCUCCGCGGCUCCGGCUCGGGCUCGGCCGUGUGCUGUGGGGCCGGGAGCCGCCGAGCCCCUUCCCGCGCUCCUCAGAAAUGACCUCCGGCCACUGCUCGCCGUCCUUCUCCCGUGUGGCUUUCGCUGACUGUCGCCGCUGCCGCUCCGGGCUCCUUCAAGCAGCAGAGCUGAAAGCCUCACAAGACAGCGAUGGCUUUUUCUCUAGAAUUUGAAUAUGGAGGCCACGGGGACAGAUGAAGUAGAAAAGAUCAAAUCAAAGUUUAUGUCUGCAUGGCACAACAUGAAAUACAGUUGGGUGUUAAAAACAAAAACUUACUUCAGUAGGAACUCUCCAGUCUUUCUGUUGGGAAAAUGUUACCACUUCAAAACUGAGGAAUCUGGGGAGCUCUCUACAGAUGGGUCCAAUUUUGACAAAAUCAACACUGAGAUUUCGGGGAAUGUCGAGGAGUUCCGCAGAGAUUUCAUUUCUAGAAUCUGGCUGACCUACAGAGAGGAAUUCCCUCAGAUCAAGGGCUCUGCUUUAACCACGGACUGUGGCUGGGGCUGCACGCUCAGAACGGGGCAGAUGCUGCUGGCUCAGGGGCUGAUGCUUCAUUUCCUUGGGAGAGCCUGGGUGUGGCCAGAAGCUCUGGACAUGGACAGCUGUGACUCAGAGUCCUGGACCAGCAGCACUGUCAGGAAGCUCACGGCCUCCUUCGAGGCGUCGCUCACGGCCGAGAGGGACCCCAAGGUCCUGCCCCGGCCCCAGCGCCGCCCCAGCAGCAGGGACUGGGAUGGCAGCCAGAUGAGGAAUGAGAUUUAUCACAGGAAAAUCAUCUCCUGGUUUGGGGACUCCCCAGUGGCAGCCUUUGGGCUGCACCAGCUCAUAGAGUACGGGAAGAAGUCCGGGAAGAUGGCGGGGGAUUGGUACGGGCCCGCCGUGGUCGCUCACAUUUUGAGAAAAGCUGUUGAAGAAGCAAGAGACCCUGAGCUGCAGGGAGUAACAGUCUAUGUUGCUCAGGAUUGUACAGUCUACAGCUCUGAUGUUAUUGACAGACAGUGCUCUUUUCUGGAUUCUGGGAAAGCAGGCACAAAAGCUGUAAUUAUAUUGGUUCCUGUGAGACUUGGUGGAGAGAGAACAAACACAGACUACUUGGAGUUUGUAAAGGGCAUUUUAAGCCUGGAGUAUUGUGUUGGCAUUAUUGGUGGCAAACCCAAGCAGUCCUAUUACUUUGCUGGAUUCCAAGAUGACAGUUUGAUUUACAUGGAUCCUCAUUACUGCCAAUCUUUUGUAGAUGUCAGCAUAAAGGAUUUCCCUCUUGAGUCAUUCCACUGUCCUUCUCCCAAAAAGAUGUCAUUCAAAAAAAUGGAUCCGAGCUGCACCAUAGGAUUUUACUGUAGGACUGUGCAGGACUUUGAGAAGGCUUCUGAGGAAAUCACCAAGAUGCUGAAAUCUUCAUCCAAGGAGAAAUAUCCCCUGUUUACUUUUGUCAAGGGUCAUUCUAGAGACUAUGACUUUGCUUCCAGUCCACUCCAUGAAGAAAAUGACCUUUUCUCCGAGGAUGAGAAGAAAAGACUAAAGAGAUUUAGUACAGAGGAGUUUGUCUUGCUCUAAGGAUAUUUUACACAAGAGCAUCGGCAGCUGUCCAGGAAAACACUUGCCUUUUAACUAUAAAAAGUGUACCUGAAUUCCUCCCCAAAAAAGGCAAGCCUGUGCUGAAAUUGAUCUAUUUUCAUAAAGAUGAUAAUGUUUUAUAUGUUAAAAGUCUUUAAGAUGUCAGUUACUAAUGUAUGUACUAAUUAUUUUUGCUCACUGCUGGCUGGAGGAGUGUCUGUGCCGCUGUGGUGGUGAUGGGAGAUGCUUUGCUCAGAGCCAGGUGUGCGUGCAAGGCCUGGCAGUCCCCAAAUCCCAGUCUCCAAAUCCCAGUCUCCAAAUCCCAGUCCCCAAA